UGGUCUUGCCAGCCCAAUUUUUGUUCCCAACAGCUGUGGAAAAUAAAAUCCGAGGUUCUACCUCAGAUUUUGUUUUCCUGUAAAUGAAGGAACCUACUUCCCAUGGGAAUAUAAGUUCCUGCCAACCAAACAUGGGAAGUGAGCUAUUUUUUGAUUUCAGGGAACUCACUUCCCAUGGAAAACAACUUCCAGCCAACCAAACAUGCCGUGAUGAGUGUUUUUUUUUUUAAUAUAUAUAAUAUAAUGUAUAUUAAUAUUAAUAACAAGUUAAAAUCAUUCACAAUCCCUAACUCUCCUGGCCACCUUAGCCUGAACGCCGUCUACCACCAGUGACCAGUCUACUCGCUUCUCGCCACUGUAGCCUCACCGCCGCCUACCACCGUUGAAGACCGACCGGAGACCAGAGAGAGUAAUUGCUGGGCAGAACAGCACAGAGUUAGUUGAUAGUAGACUGAGAAGAUAUUGCUUAAUAGGAUAUAUAGUUGUACUACUGAGUAGGGUUUUACCUUCACCAUGGAGCUGGGGCUGGUUACCAUGUUGAGAGCAGCAUGGAUUGCAGCGAUUAUACCCAUUCUCAUUGCGUUGAUUCCUUCCUCUAAGCUUGGUUGCUUUCACGAAUUCCUGCUGGGUUUUGCUAAGAGAGGCAAGAUCAUGCAAUCUUCUAAUAAUAAAUUUACUGUUCCUCAGAAAUUCUUCUGUCAGUUUUAUAUUCUUGCUACUCUUUGGACCACUCUUCUGCUGGUUGCAAUGUCACUUUAUGCAUAUAUGACUACAACAGUAAUCUCUGAGUCAUCACUUUUUUCUAGCAUUGUAAGCGAUUUGACAGGAGGCUCACACAUUCUUUCCCUGCAUACAUCAAAUUCAUCAAAGGAAAAUAGACGCAAAGUUCUGCUAUCUGUCUUUCUGCUUUUACUAAUGGAAACCCAGGCAUUGCGACGUCUUUAUGAGUCAAUAUAUGUAUUUAAAUACAGUCCUUCUGCCAGAAUGCACAUUCUUGGCUACUUUGCAGGCUUAUUUUUCUACACAGCUGCUCCUUUAUCGCUUUGCUGCAAUUUUGCUCUGGAGGUUUUGAAAUUCAUAGUGAGUUUGGUCCAAGAGUUUAUUGUUGAAGGGAAUGAUAGAAUGCAAGUCACCGAGUUUGAUUGGUGGGGAUUUGUAAGCCCUCUGAUGCAACUAAGAUGGUAUGCAUGGGUUGGUGCAGCGAUUUUCUUUUGGGGUUGGAUUCAUCAGCACUGUUGCCAUGCUAUUUUGGGCAAAUUGAGGAAGAACAGAGAACAAUUUGAUGAUUACAUGAUCCCUCAUGGUGAUUGGUUUGAAUAUGUUUCGUCUCCACAUUAUCUGGCUGAGAUAGUUAUAUAUGGUGGUCUUGUGGUUGCAAGUGGAUGUUUGGAUCUCACAGUGUGGCUACUCUUCAGUUUUGUGGUGGUAAAUCUUGUCUUGGCAGCCACAGAAACGCAUAGAUGGUAUCUGCGUAAAUUUGACAACUACCCCAAAAAUCGCUUUGCCAUUCUGCCCUUCCUAUAUUGAUGAUCAGGCUCUCUGCAGUUGCAGUUCUUCCGGGUUUUAAUCUGUUGUGCUGAUCAAGGUUUGCGUAUUUUUCUUAUACUCACGCAUACACUUCUAACACAUGUAAUUAGCUGCAGGUUGAUGAGCCUGUAAGUAACAGCCAUACUAUUAUAGCAAUUAUGGUAUAUGGACCAAAAUUUUUGACAUCUUACAUGAUUUUAUUUGAUUAACUCGGGAUAGAUUAGUCCA